AUGGAAAUGAAUCCAGAAGAUGGCAAUCUCGACAUUACUAUUCUGUCAAGCUGGGCAACUUCUAAGCCUUCCGAAGGUGACACUGCUGCUCAUGCUAUUUCAACAGAAACUCCCAGUCUCAAGAAAUCAGUUCCGAAAAUUGUUGUGGGUUCUGGUGAUGCUCCCAAGGAUUCUGCAGAUGGUUGUGGUGAAAUGGGACUCUAUCGGGAUAUUGAAUUCCUCCUCCUGAAUGUGCCGAGUAGGAAUCACAACACCCCGGAUCCUGUUCUUUCAAAGGCUUUGCGGGAAUCUGGUCUGACAAGAGGAUUCGAAUUCGCUGCCCACAAUAAACUUCCCUUCCGGGGUGGUAAAUCCAUGUUUAGAUUCAGAUUGUUUGAUGAACGGGAUGCGAAGAAGUUGGUGGAAUUAAUUGGUGGAGCUGAAAGCUGGCAUAAAUGUUCUGGUCUGUCACGAUUGUUCUGGAGAAAAACGUCAGUAAGCAAAAUCGGAUAUGCAUUUAUUUGGAAUUUCAUGUAUGGUUUCGACAAAUCGAUCAGUCGUCCCCAAUAUAUGAAAGACAUAAAUAAGGAAGGGAUUCGUAAUCUUCUCAAACAGAGAAAAGACCUAGGCCCACAAUUGCUCUGGAAAGUUAAAGAAACUAUGCACCUUUCGAUGAAAGUCCAGAUUGAAAAUAUGCUUUCAGGAAACUGUCAGUCAGAUCAGAAAGAGACUGAUACUUCACAUGGUUAA